AUGCGCGCGCUCCUGCUCGUCGCGGCGCUCGCCGCCGGCGACGACCGGCAUCACCGGAACCACUCGCGCGGCAACUGGACGCGCGCGGAGCUCAGCGUCGCCUUCACGACGGACCUGCACGGCGAGAUCGGCGCGCUGAAGCACGCCUUCUGGCUGGCGCGAAGCCUGCCGGCGCCGGCCCUCGUCGUCGACAGCGGCGACGCCUGCGUCGGCACGGCCUACUUCCGGCGGGCGGGCCCCGCGGGCAUGGGCCGCGCGAUGCGCGGCCUCGGCUACGCGGCUUUAGGCGUCGGCAACCACGACCUCGAGUUCGCGGCCGAGCUCGGCAACCUGUCGGCGGCGGCGCGGGCGCCCUUCGUGUCGGCCAGCGCGUGCCGGACCUACGACCACGUGCGCUGCACGCGGCUGCGCCGCGCGGGCGACGUCCGCGUCGGUUUUUUGGGCUACACGGACACGGCGACGCUUCCGGGGGGCCGCGCCUGCGACGACGCGACGGCGGCCGCGGCGCUCGACGACGCGCGGGACCUGCGGUUCCGCGGCGCGGACGUCGUGAUCGCCCUGGGCCACUGCGGCUACGACUUCGAUUUGAGGCUUUUCGCGAGAGCGAGGGAGAGGGCGAGCCGAAUAGACGCGAUCCUCGGCGGCCACACGCACCUCGUCCGCGGCGUCGCCGGGCGGCGCGCGCCCGUCGUCGCCCAAGCCGGCGUCUCCGGGAGCCACCUCGGCGUGCUGGUCCUCGCGCUCGGCCGCCGCGCCGGCGGCGUCCGCGUCGACGCCGCCAGGGUCACGCUCGUGCCCCUGGAGCCCGACUUCGCGCCGCCGGAGACGACCCCGGCCUUCGCGGACUUUGCGGCGCUCGUCGACGCGGAGCUCGGGGAGCCGUCGACGGAGAGCUGGCGGGACGCGCGCGGCGCCGCGGACGCGCUGCCGUGCCGAUCCGGCGAGUGCGCGCUCGGGUCGCUCGUCGCCGACGCCAUGGAGCGCCUCGGCUGCGAGACGACGAAGGGCCCGGUCAUCGCGCUCCUCGAGAGCGGGUCCGUGCGGGGCCGCCUGGAAGCGGGGCCCGUCGGCCGCGACGCGGCGACGCGCGUGCUUCCCUGGGCGAACCGCUACGCGGUCCUCACCUUCGAGAACGCGUCGCGCCUCGACGCCUUCGCGGCCCACGGCGCAGCGAGCCGGGCGCCGCGCGGCACGGGCGGCGCGUUCCUCCAGGCGUCGUCGCGCGCGCGCGUCGUCGUCGACGGGCGCUCCGCGUCGGUCCUCGUCGCCGACCGGGGCUGCGAAGCCGCCCGGAACAACGAUGGACCCCUCGUGCUCGACGACGACGCGCUGACGGUGCCGCCGGGCUGCUUCCGGCGGCCGGCGGGACCCGUCGACGUCGUCGUCACGGAGUGGCUCGCGGACGGCGGCGACGGCUUCGGCGCCGUCCUGGGAGGAGUAGAAAGAAGAAACCUCGGCGACGCCGUCGACGUCGACGUCUUCCUGCGCUCCCUGCGCGGCGCCGCGUCGCCGCGCGGACGCGAGGGCCGCGUCGUCGUCGACGGCCCGCCGCCGCGCUGCGACGAGGCGACUCCACCUCCGGGCGGCGCGUCGCCCGCCGUCGCGGGUUUCCUCGGCGGCCUGUCCAUGGUGUCGUCCUUCGUCGCGACCUACCCGCUGUCGACGCUGCAGACGCGGGCCAUGCUCGGCGAGCCGCUGGGUUUCGGCGACGGCUGCGGCCUCUACCGGGGCGUCAACGUCGCCGCGUGCGCGGUCUACGCGUCCGGUACGGUCUUCUGGGCCGCGCAGGCCUUCUUCGCGGCGCUCCUCGAGGAGCGGCGCGGCGCGCCGGGCGCCGCGGAGACGUUCCUGGCGACGGCCCUCGCGGGCCUCUGCAACGUCGUCGCCACGAACCCGUUCUGGGUCGUCGUGACGCGGCUCCAGGGGGGGUUGCCCGCGACGCCGGACGGCGGCGAGCGCGCGCGGCGGCCGGCCUGGUUCUGCGCGGGGCUCGCGCCGAAUCUGGUGCUCAUCCUCUUCCCCGCGCUGCGCCAGAUGGCCUACGACGGGCUGCUGCGCGGCCUCGGCGCCACGGAGGCGUCCGCGGGGCCGUCGCUCAUCGCGGCCGCGGCGGCCGCGGCGACGCUCGCGGCCGCGGUCGUCACGCACCCGCUCCAGUGGUACCGGAGCCGGCUCCAGGCGACGGACGUGUCCCACGGGCACCGCCCGGCGAAGCGCGGCACGGUCUUCGACGGCCUCAGCAUCAAGCUCCUCCACACGGUCCUCUCGAACACGCUCAUGUACAUCUCCAAGGAGCAGCUCACGGAGUUCGUCCUCGGCGAGUUCGAGAAGCGCGUAAGGUGA